GUUAAGAGUGCCUGGAAAAGCCCUUCCAUUCACGGCAAAAAUUCAGAAUGCCCCGAAAAUUACGAUAUCAGGGCAAUUUGCAAAUCUACCUCAGCUAUCUAAAAACGGCAGUUUGCAAUUAAGUGCCCUCUUUUUCUAGAAGCCCCUUAAAGAGAUUAAAGUUCUAAUAGACCUCCCUCCACCUAGCUCUCAGAUCGUUACAGCACUUAGGCAAUCCAUACAUCCUUCUUCUCCACCGAUUCAAAUAAAAAAAACGACGCCUCUAUCGAUCCUCGCCGAGACCGCCUUCCUUGCUGCGCUUUGCCUCCUCACCAUGUACCACGGCCUCCUCGCCGAGCGCGCCGUCCAGCGCCUCCUCCUCAUUGCCGACGAUUCGUUCCUUGCCGAGCACACCGUUCCGCGCGCCGCCUGCUUGCUGCCAGCUCGCCGUGCGUCGCCUCCUCGCCGCGUGCCUUCUACUCGCCAGCGAUUCGGUCUCUGCUGCACUCACGGCUACCGCGUCGCCGAGCUAGGCUCGUGGAGGCGCACGGUUUUCUCCACAUGGAUCCGCGAAGUACCUUCCUCCACCACUCCGUAGCACCGCCAUCCUAUCUCCUCCUCGACGAUCCGCACGCGUCAGCAGGUGAAUCCCCCUCCUAUUUGUGGUAUUGCUUACCUGCAGUGAUUUGGGAGAAUUGGUGUUUGCUCACAACCUGUUUGUGGUUUUGCUUACCCAUGCUAUUGGUUUAUUGUUUUGUUCAAAUAAUGUUCACAACCUGUUUGUAUUAUUGCUUAGAUACCAUUUGUGCUUGUUGCUCAACUUCUAGCCUUCUAGAUUUGUUCAAAUAAUGUUCACAGCCUGUUCGUGUUAUUAUUUGUUAUGCAGGCAUGGUUUGUUUAUAUAUUUGAGUUUUUUUUGCAACCUAGUCUGGAAAUUAAUAUGGACAAGGCUUGGAUGAGAUUACCUAGGUCUACUGAUGAAUAUAGGGAUGGUGUUAGUAAAUUCAUAGAAUAUGCUGUUGCCAAGUCUGGAAGACAUCACAAGUUACUUUGCCCAUGCAAAAAUUGUGCAAACAGAUUUCGGUUAGGUAAGCAACAAGUUCUUGAACAUCUGGUUUGUGAUGGUUUCAUGGACGGGUACACCACAUGGUUUUUCCAUGGGGAAACUCCAGGAAUUUCUGAACCUAUUGUUGAGUCUAGUUCAAAUCAGGAAGUAUAUGUUGAGACUGAUGAGAUGGAUCAGCUGUUGAUGGAUGGUUUCAGCAUGUAUGAUAGUAGUAAUUUAGGCUCAGAUUCAGAAGAAGUAAGCGAGGAUGAGUCUGAUGGUGAUAUUGAAUCGUAUAUAAACUCUGUAACUGAAGGAAGCCAAGAGUUGUAUCCAGGCUGCAAAACUUUCUCCAGGAUGCAGUUUCUAGUUAAACUGCUCAGCAUAAAGAAUACUUGGAGAAUGUCAAAUGGUUGCUUUGAAGAUGUUUUGGAACUAUUUAGGGAUGCGCUACCAAAGGGCCCAGCUCUCCCUAAGAAUUUCCACGAGGCCAAAAAAUACAUCCGUGCUGUUGGCCUAGGUUAUAAUAAACACGAUUCAUGCAAAAAUGAUUGCAUUGUUUUUAAAGGCCAACAUGCCGAUGCCACCUCAUGUCCAGCGUGCAAUACAUGUAGAUGGAAGAGUGUGAAGAGUGGAGUUGAUGGAAAACGUGUUCACAAUGUGGCCCAAAAGGUGAUUCGUCAUUUCCCACUAGAUAAGGGAGUUAUGAGGAUGUUCAUUUCUUCCGAAAUAUCCCCAUUUAUUGAUUGGCACAAUGAAGGCCGCACAAAGGAUGGCUCGAUGAGGCACCCGGCUGACUCUCCUGCUUGGAAACAUUUCGAAGCAAAGCACAAGUGGUUUAGUGAUGAACCUAGAAAUCUUAGAUUUGGAUUAGCUACUGAUGGCUUCAGUCCAUUUAAUAACAUGAAUCUUAAUUACACCAUCUGGCCGAUCAUUUUAAUUCCCUACAACCUCCCACCUUGGAUGUGCAUGAAAGAAUCAAAUUUCAUUCUCUCCGUUAUUGUUCCGGGUAAGAAAGCUCCAGGCAAAGAUAUUGAUGUCUAUCUGCAGCUAGUUAAAGAUGAACUUAAAGAGUUGUGGGAACAUGGUGUCUUGACUCUUGAUGCAUAUAUUGGGGAAAAAUUCCGUGUGUAUGCUGCGCUCUUGUGGACAAUAAGUGAUUGGCUUGGUCGUGGUAUCUUGAGUGGAGAAAGUCUAGCUGUUUGCUCCCACUGUUUGAGAAAUACAUGCUCUAGAAGGUUAAAACAUGGACGCAAGACUUGUUACUUGGGGCAUAGGAGAUUCUUAGAACCAAAUCACCCUUUCAGAAGUGAUGCUGAAUCCUUUGAUGGUAGUACUGAAUUUCGUGAACCUCCUAUUCAACCUUCAGGCCAUGAAAUUUCUGAAAUGACCAAGGGCUUAGAGAUUGUUUAUGGCAAAUUGCAGAAGGAAAAUAAAACAUGUAAGAGAAAGAGACGAAGCAAAUUUCAGAGAUUGUUUCUGAAAUGACGUUGACAGCAGCAGCCAAAAGGCGCGCGCGCGCCGCUGCUGCAUCUCGCUGCUUCGAGUCGGCAGCAGACAGGACGGCAGCCAUUAAUCCUGUCCGCGGUGGGGAUGGGCGGAGCCUGACGCUGCGACGCGCAUUGCACGCACGGCGCGCGUCGAGCGGGGCAGUGAUUCUCUUUCCCAGUGGCCCGCGAGGCCGCGACGUCACCGUGCAGGUCCGAAUAGUUAGUUGUUCCCCCUCCUCUGGCAGCGGGCCCACUGAUAUUCUCAUUAGUGUAUCUCAGGUGGGCUGUGUCGAGUUCUUCUUUUUUCCUUUCGAAAAGUCAAUCGUCGAGCUAGACUUUGUCAACAACUGAUAAAGUCGACCUUGUAUAAAAAAAGUUGUGAUUAUAUUUAAGUUGACCAAUUUGUAAGCAAAAGUCUUAAAU